GUCACUCUUCCUCUUCCGGAGUUGCGCUUCUCUCCUCGUCUGUAGCUUCCUCCAUUUCUAUUUCCCUUCUCCUUUCUUCCUCCUCUGAUGAAACUCGUUAUUCUGCGUGUACUCAGCUUUCGUCCAGCCUUCUACUUCUCUGUCCCGAACAAGCUGAACUGAGCUUCUUUACCCGCUAUCUUCCACGGAACCAAACCCCGCAGCCUGAGUUUACCCACCAUCACCCACGCUCUGCCAGCGAUCCGGUUAACCUUUGAACCCUUUGCUCGCAUGCCUCGACACGAAGACUCUCGUUCACGUGGGCGGGGCCCUCCAGUGAUCCCGCGUUACGCAGACGAAGACCGUUUUGAAUUUCGUCUGCGCGAGGGAGAACGCUAUGGACCACCAGCUCGGCGACCGCACUAUGAGGAAGACGAAUUUCUCGUCUAUACCGAUGAUCCCCGCCGCCGCGUUGAAAGUCCACCUCCGCGUCCCCGUCUUUUGCGCCGACAAUCCUCCUUGGACACCUUCGACCGCAUUUCGUCCCGGAGGCGAAAGGACAGUCAUUAUUACGAUCAUCCCAAGGUUGUGGUUCCAUCGCCUCCUAGGCGCCCCUCACCAUCCCCGCAUCGCCAUGACCGCGAUUACUACGAAGACAUUCGCAUUGCGGAACCUGAUUACUACGGGGAUGAAGAAUAUCGUGAGUUCCGCGAACGAGAACACCCAACUUCUAGGCGACGUCGUCCGAGCAGCCCCCCGCGCUUCCGUGGGCAUACCUUCGAGGAAGUUGUGGAGAAGCCGUAUCCACGUCGAGGCAAAACCCGUAUACCUAGGCGCCUGGUGCAUACCGGUGCCAUCAUUGAGCUUGGAUAUCCCUUUAAGGAGGAAAGCGACAAAAUUAUUAUACUGGUAGCCCUUUCCAAGGACCAGAUCGACGAAGUGAUUAGUCUGAGUCGAGAAUUCAAACGGCUUCCGGAAGCUCGUGCGUCAUAUCAUCGGGCACCACAGUCACCCCGUCGGCCCGUUCAUUCUGCCCGUUCCAGUCGUGAAACCUUGAUCGUAGAGCCGUCCCCUCACCGUCGCCGGUCCGGGUCACAGCUCCUUGGGGUUUCAACUAUCGCCCGGCCGCGCUCAGUAUCCGUGCACAACCGCAGUCGUCGUCACUCGUCGCCUCCCCCACACAUGGUAGAGCUUCGCGAUGGUGACGUUGCACAGUCCGAAGACCUUCGGGUUGGACCGCUCACCGUCAUUGCACGCCCUCGCGAUGACUAUGAUGACCAUGAUCACCACUAUGAUCGCCACGGUGGGGUGGACAUCAACACCAGGACGGAGACAAUCGAGGAUGACGGUGAAUACGAGAAGAUUGUCGAAACGCGUAGGGACCGCAAAGGUAGGUUGUCCAUGAUAUGGGAAUUUUUCAACCAUGUUAAAAUUGGGACCCUGACCAUGUUGAAACUAGUUCCUCACCCUCGGCUUGUUCGCGCGAUGUUGGCGACACUUACUUAGACAUGCCGCUAUCCUACUGCUAUCGACGCAGUGAUUCACCGAAGAAACUGGCAGUAACCCCUGCUAUUGUGCUAGUAUAUUUAAGUGUCUAUCUAUUGCUUGAUUUAGGAUUCGUUUGUUUUAUUCCUGGCAGAUAUUAUGUCUAUCUCUGGCCUAUUCUCUAUGGAUUGUAUAGAUACCCUACGAGUUACGAGGUUUGAAGCGGAUGAUUUCGGGGUUUAUUGCCAUGUCUAGUUGUAUGGAAGUAUUCUGGGAGGCUUACUGUUUACAAUGCAUUCAAAUUAAGAACUAUUGAGCAAUGUACUCUGCACUCUCCCGUGAUGAACGACUAUAGCAAUAUACAAUGUGUGGCGGUGCGGAGAGCGUUGCAUUGUGGCUUGAGGGCCUCGACGGUGGCUUGGUAUCGUCGUCCAGGCCACCGCUUGUGUUGCUUUCCUAUCCCCUUCCAUUCUUCCC